AUGUCCCAGCAGGGAAUCCCAAAUGGUGACUCAGUUCCACCCGUCGGGGACCCUAUCCCGAUGGUCACCUUACCGUCACAGGUGACUGCAAACGCAUCUCCUAGUGAUGUAUCCCUGAACACAACCGGAGGAACUAUCUGUCCAUCAGCAAAUCCGCGGGCACCUCCCACCGGGUCCCCCACGGAUGUCUCUCAGGACGCUCCACAGGGUCCCGACUCAACCUCGCCGAUUAUUGACAACCCAGAUGGUACUAUAGACUCUGCAUUAAUCGCGUGCCCUCCAUCAUUUGCAGCAAGCCCAAUUACGGCUGCACAGUCUCCAGCUGCUCUAGACACUCCGCAUACGACUGUGCCGCAGUUGGCUACCCAGACACCCGCCCCUCAACCAACUCCGCAUUCACCUACCUCGAGUACCCACGACCAACCUCAAACGGCGCCGGCUUCCUCACCAUCAACAUCGACUACUUCGCAUCCUUCAAACACUGUAACCCCUCCAAUUUUUCCAGUUGCUUCUCCUCCUUCCAGUCCAACUGUCUCAACAACUCCUGCGCCAACACAGCCGCCCGGAAUCUUGACAGGUGCCCCUUUUACACCCAAUGGCGCGCCUCUUCCGAGCAAUGUACCAACAAAGGCUUCCCCAAUCCACGCAGCCCUGACCGAUGGCCUUCUUUGGUCCGUCCUGUGGGCUAUGCUCUUGUUUAUGUUCGUCUCCUUACUCACAUGGCAAGCCAAAUCCCUUGACUGGCCGCUUGCCAACCUUUCAAUUUCGACAGGUAUCUUCCUCUUGACGAUCCUCGCUAAGCUUACCGACUGGGCCCUUGACAGUUUGGGAAACCUCGGGUGGGAGAAAUUGUACUGGGGACCCAUCCUUCACCGGAACGCUACUCUCUUGACACAUCUCGUCAUGACUUCAGGUCUUGCUGGGUGGUGGGUUGUUUUGCGAAAUCCGCCGGAAAACGGAUCACCCUCGCCAUCCCGACUCGUGAACCUACUUCGGCGAGGCCUUUCGGCGCGAUGGCCCCGAUUUUGGGCCUUCUGGAGAAACACUACCCUUGACAAGUCCAUCUCCUGGGCGACCAGUGAAUGUCGGGUCUACCAAGCCGUGGACAGUGCCCUUCAAAUCUGCGCAAAGGACAGCAACAAGGGUGGCUCUAUUCUUACCGGUAUUCGAGCCUGCGACCCAGGUAAGCUCGACGACGAAGGCGACUGCUCACUGAACCCUCAGUGGCCAGGGUGGGACUCUUUCGUUGCUUUUUCGUCCACUUUGGACAUCUACCGCCUGAAUAUCAGCAUGGCCGCCGAUCGCCGUAGCAGCGCCAUUCUGGAGGUGACGGACAAAGGAAAGCCAACGAAGCAGGAUAUCCACCCGAGCGAAUUCCUCGACGCAUUUGACAACCUGUUCUGCCCCUUUACCUCGGACAUCUCGACCAUUUCAAGGUACUGUGAGACUGGACAGGUUAGGUCUGAUGUUACACUUAACCUAUGGAUGUUCGUGUACUACAAUUACCAAUCCGAAGGCUUCGAGAACUCUGUAGCCGUCGACACGCUGCGCAACAUCUACGCCACGGCGCUAUUCCUCUAUAAUCCUGUCUUCCGCGGUGCCGUCUUCGCUCCCAAUGCCCCAGCCUUUCUGCGCACGGCGCAAGAGGGCCUUGCCGACGAGAAUUACUUUCCGGGGACCCCCGCAAGGAGGUCGUCCCACCUCGCGCCAGCGCUGUGGACGGUGCUGGCCUUUACCGUUUCCGUCGGAUUUCUCAUUUCAGCCUCGCUUCUAGCGAUUUUCUUCGCGCUGUGGUUUAAGCAGCCCCAGCUCUCGGCUUUUGGACCUCUGAACGCGUUCAAAGCCGAUAUUGUGCAAUUUGGACAGGCAGGGAGCCUGGACUUGGAUGCACUGGUGACAGGCAAGACGGACAAAGAAGUCGCUCUGGCGACGGAUGGCAUAUGCAUCAGGCUUAGGUAG